AUGAUUUUGGGGCUGGUGGUGAGCUGCGCCAUGAUCGCUUAUGCUAGUCGAAAAGAACGCCUUCUGCUUGUGAGCGAUAUCCAUAGCCCAAACGCCCAAGUUAUUGGUAAUACGCAUUUGCCUCCACCACUUGUAUACUUUCCACGAUUGGUAAGAGAAUCCGCCUUCCCGUCACCGGACAUUUGUUUCGGCCACAAAUGCUCUAGUACUAGGCAUACGAGUUCAUGUGAGGAAUUGUUCGACCAAGAGCACGCUCAGAGCAGACUCUGGAAGAGAAGGCAGUGGAUGGUUUUCAUUCCAGAUAUGGAAAGAUGGAUGGGAGAGAUAUUUAAGAGGGGGCAUUGCCUUCUGGAUAAGAAACGGAUGCCCCAAGGCGUUCUCGGGCUAAAAUGGGACUUUUCCAUUCAGUUUCAAAUCUUGCACGAGAAGACACAGAAGAUCAAGGCUUCACUUAGCCGGAAUCUAGGUAAUUGUGACGUCAAAUUUUUUACUUGGUUUCACGCUGAGAAUUCGCUCGCAGAUCUAGAUAUUUUAAGACAUUUCGAAAGGCGUCUCGCAGGAGCAUACUGUGAACUAAUUAAGCUUUUUCCACCUUUGGGCGGGGCGUAUAAAGAAUUCUGUUUCAUAUUCUCGUUGCUAGACAGGAGCUUCAACCGUACAGAUUUUAAUCAUGUCGCUGCGUGUCCUAGGGAGUACACAAAUGAGAGGUGGAUGCUAAGCCUUUUGAAUACUCCUUUUGGGUUUCUAAUAUUGAAAUAUCUCAGUUUGCUAGUACUCUCCGCUUAG